ACAAGAUAAGCGCUUUUAUAGCUUUGGCUAAUAUCCUAAACUAAAGCUAUUGAAAGGGGUUUGUUUCUGAGUGGCAUGAAGAAUGAAGACAUGGUUAGAAUGGAUUUCCUUUACACAAGUGAUAGGAAAGGUGAAUAUUUCACUCGUUUUCAAUCAAGUCAUCAUGCUGUCAUUAGAAAUCUCAGAGGUUCAGCCUUGUGGAAGGAUUUAAAGGCAGCACUUCAACAAUAAUCGGAUUAGAAGGACUUGCAUAGCUCCAUGGUCUGAAAAAGAGAUAAAAGAAACCAGAGUUCAAACUUGCCACAAAGCAAGGCAGUGAGCUGUGUGGUGCACAAUCAACCCACGGCUCUGAGCCUGUGAUUUUGACAAUCACCUGGAGCAGGGAUGCCUGCAGACUUCAACGGGUACUGGAAAAUGGUCAGCAAUGACAAUUUUGAGGAGUAUCUGAAAGCACUGGAUGUAAAUGUUGCUGUAAGAAAAAUAGCAAACUUGCUAAAGCCUGACAAAGAAAUCCUUCAGAACGGGGAUCAUAUGAUCAUUAAAACGCUAAGCACUUUUAGAAACUACAUCAUGGAAUUUGAUAUAGGGAAGGAGUUUGAGGAGGAUUUAUCGGGGGUGGACGAUCGCAAGUGCAUGACCACUGUGUCUUGGGAUGGAGAUAAGCUGCUCUGCGUACAGAAUGGAGAGAAGGAAGGCCGUGGUUGGACCCAGUGGAUUGAAGGAGAUGAAAUGCACCUGGAAAUAAGAGUGUGUGGAGUCACGUGUAAGCAAGUCUUUAAGAAGGUGCAGUGAGCUACUGCUGCUACAGAAGUAGAACGAUAUAAUUUACAGACUUGACACCAACUCUCCAAAUGGUGGUGCUGAGCAUCCUCAGUGACAAGAGCAAACACAGAAACGAAGAUCACAUUAGAACUGUAUAGUUGGAAUAAAAUAUCUUUUAGGAAAUUGAAAAAAAUUACUGCAAAUAAAACUAUUUUUAGAAAUGCCAGUUAAAGAUGCUAAACUCUCUAAACGUGUGCAUACCGUAAUUCUCGCCUACACUAAAGAAGAACUAUUAAAAGAAGA